CUGAGUUCAGUUCUCUACUGAGCUUUGAGCUAUACGCACAUUUGCCAACCAACUGUUGUUACUCUUUUGAUUCCACUUUUUGUUUCUCCGCUAAAUAAAAAGAAGUGAAUUUUCUCCCUUUAAAUACGAAAAAAAACGCACAUUUUUACCCACUAUAGUGAUAAUUUAUUUAUUUACUCAUUUUUUUUAAAUUAAAGGAAUUCUUACAAGGAAUCUUAGUGCUUUUCAAACCACUAGUUUUUUAAGUUAAAAAAAUUAAAACCAUUUCCGAAGAAUAAUUUAAAAAAUUGGUUUAACAAUUUUCAUGUGAAAAAAUGUCUGUGAAUGAAAAAUUAUUAAAGGAUUAAAGAGAGAGAGAGAGAAGUUUUUUUUUCUGUGUGCUGAUUUACCAGAAGCGAAAAUUGGAAAUUUCUUUUCUACUGGAUUCAAAUUAGAGAAUCACAGCGAGAGAGAAAGAGAGACACGAUGGGGAACGAUUAAUAACGACAGAAAAAAUUAUGCUUAAGAGAUUGUUUGAUCCGACGAGAUGGCUGCUUUUAGCAACAAUACUCUGUAUCAUUCAUCGCUCUGUUGCAUCUCCCUUUGAGAAUAAAACUGGACAAAAUGACAGUAGAUCGAGAAUAUUUUCACCGCGAAUGGAUUACGAUGAAUGGACACCAUUGGGUCGUGGUGAUCCAUUAAAAAACGACCCCACAUUCGACUACGUACCACCAGUUCUCGAUCGUGUUCAAUACUGGCUCGAUUCACACACAACCGAACCAUCAGCGAAACGUGAUAUUCUCAUUUUAGGUGUCACCGCAAAAAAAUCAAGUCCCAAGCUGCCGGAGCAUUUCCUAAAAUUUGUCGACGCACCGAAAUUCAAUCGCAAUAAAGAAACAAUAUUCCGUAACGAUUUCACCGGCAGCACUGGCGCCGAACCACCAAAGUUGAUGCGUACCAAUAAUUUCCGCAAUGCACCAAUUGAUUUUCGAAAUCAGAACAAGAUUCAAUCAAUCCCAGCGAGUUAUUAUCCGAGUCCGUUUUACAAUCAAAAAUCAAAACCCUACACUGUCAUGAUGCCACCGCCGUUGAAUCAGAAAAUAUUGAAUGAUGGUCAAAAUUCCUAUCACAUGAAGGAUAAGAUUAUAUUCGGAGAACAGUUUAGUACUCAGACGGAGGAGGGUCCUACGUUUCAGGAUUAUAAUCCUCCGAUGAAGACCUACUCACAGGGUUACAGAUCGACCUUCUCUUCACCAUCGCCUUUGAAGUCGAAACAAAAAAUCCAGACUAUGAUUAUUCCGCAGAUUGAAAAUAUCUUUACGUCGUCGCAAAUUCCAAAAAGCUAUGAAGCAACGACUCCCUCGGUGUCCUUUGAGAAAUCGAACCUCGUUUACCAGUCGACACAAACUUUAGAAGGUGGUUGGAUCGGGUCCAGUAGACCAACGUCUUCGAUUCCUCCAGUGGAAGUGAAUCAGAUCACCUGGAAGGCGCCGGAUCGCUACGAAGUCGAUCAUCACGUUUCGGCUUCUGCCAAUCACGAGGUCGUUAUUGGUCAAAACGCCAAUAUUAUCGUCGAUGGUGAUAGUAGUGACCACGAGGAAGUUGUCCUGGGUCAUAAGGAAUCUUCAAAAACCACCAAGGCACCUAAAUCUUCAACUAGUUCGAACCCCGAAACAAGUACCGAAUCCGUAAAGUAUCAGAAUAGCGGUUUCGACAAACCUUCGACCCAUAUUGUAGUCGCCAAUUCGCCCCCCACUGUCGACGUGGUCUCUGUGGUAAUGCCCACGAACUACAACGACAAGAAACCGACCGAAAGUUCGCCGAAUUCGACCGAAAGCACUACUGCAUUGAAUUUACUGUCUAGUUCGGAAAUGUUUGUCCAGAGCUCGAAACCUAUCCAAAAUACAAAGUCCUUCGAUACUGCUAAUACAGUUUCGGGUAUGAAUCAUCAGACGAUGGGUCACAGGGACACUUCGAUAUUCCAGGAAUUCGUCAGCUCUCCAGACUCGUUGAGUACGGACUUCAUUCAAGUACCGAAACCCCAACCGUUUAGGAACAGUAUCAGCUCGCCGAUAAUGCCACACUUUAUGGACACCCAAACACUUCGGCCUAAUGCUUUUUCACCACCGAAGAGAAUGCCCCCGACUAGACAUACGGGGUUUAAGCAAAAUUCCUUCGGAGAGUCAUUGUUACCACAGCAGAGACCUAUGCACCGGUUCAGACCUCCUAUGUCACCAAUGGGACCUCCGGUAAUGUCUCCGAUAAUGCCUUCGGCAAUGCCUUCGGUAGUGCCGCAGCUAAUGGAACAACAAAAACAUCAGAAUCAGGAGUACAGACCCCAAAAUGCUGGUGUUCAGGAGUACAGACCCCAAAAUACUGGUGUUCAGGAGUACAAACCCCAAAAUACUGGUGUUCAGGAGUACAAACCCCAAAAUCAAGAGUUUGUCAAACACCCGAAAAACGAUUAUCAUCAUUCGAACCAGUUCAUCAGUCCUUUGGGACUACUGACCCCGACGAUGCAAAUGAAUCACGAGAAGGAGUUCACAACUCAGGCGUCGCCGAUCUUCACCCCGACGAUCAGGGUCGAUAGCUACAAGCCUCCUAACGGACAUCAAUCGCCAUUAUUCCAGUUACUGAACAGUGAAGAAAUGCGGAACAAGCCAGAAAUUAAGAACAAACCAGAAGUGAUGAAUAAUCAAGAAAUGUGGAACAAUCAAGAGACAAAAAAUGUCCAGGAGAAGAACAAUCAAAUGUGGGACAAGGAAACAAAGAACCAGCAAAUGUGGGACAAUCAGCAAAUGAAGAACAAUCAAGAAAUGUGGAAGAAUCAAGAAAUGAAGAACAGUCAAGAAAUGUGGAAGAAUCAGGAAAUGAAGAACAGUCCAAUCUGGAACAAUCAGGAAAUAAAAAUGAGUCAAGAAAUGUGGAAGAAUCAGGAAAUGAAGAACCAUCAAAUGUGGGACAAUCAGGAAAUGAAGAACAGUCAAGAAACCAACAAGUACAAUCAAGAUACAAUCAAAAAGGACCAACGACCAAUCAUCAACGAUCAAACCCCAUUGUCUUCACUACAAACAACAACAGUUCCAAAUCUAACCACAGAUCCACUCUUUUCGCACUAUAAACAACCGGCGAAACCAAUUCGCGGUCCAAUGUAUCUGAUAAUUCAGGGACACUCGAAAGUGAAGACUUAUAAGCCGACUGUGAGUAAAUAUGGAUUUCCGGUGGCGAAUGAAAUUUUUGACACUACCACUAAACGGGCGCAGACGAAAUAUGAAAAAUUGAUUAAUGAUAAUGCGAGGGGGGCGAUAAUUCGUGAUAUUGGAGGGAAGAAGAAAAUUGAGGAGCGAACGCAAAUUCAUGGUGCGGCGAAGAAUCUAUUGAGUUUCAUUGAAAAUGGACUCAGUGCGUUUACUGUUUUUCCACCGCCGGCAACUGAGGAGGAACGACAGGCUAAUUACGUGACAACUAUAUAAAAUAUUGAUAGGAAUUAUUAAAGAAAUAUUGUUUAUAAAAAAAAAGCGAAAUUAUUUGUUUCGAUUCAAUGGAAUUGUAGAAUUUUGAAUAUUGAAUUUUACUUGAGGUAAAACUUUGGAAGAUUGCAGAGAAACUUGCGGCAAAGUUUGCCAGACGUGGCAAAAUGACAAAAUAUAACAAAGUUUUUUUUGAAAAUUAAAAAAAAUUUUCUUAAAAGUUUGUUGUAUGCUUGAUGUUAAAGGAUUCUGCAAAACUUGACGUCCCACGUCGAUUAAAAGAAAAAAUUUUUAUCUUGAAAAACGACGCUGGAGUUGUUAAUUUAUUUUUACAAUUUUUUGUGGUCGAUUAUCAUAUUUGGGCUUUUUUUCAUCAAAUUGGGAGCUUUUUUUAUUCAAGAAGAGCUUUUUGCGAAACAAUUCGUUUUUAGAAUUCAUUUCCGAUCCAAAAAAAAUAAUUGUAUCUUGAAAAACGACGCUUGACAAAUAUUUAACAAUUUUUGGAGGCGAUUAUCAAAUUUGGGCUUUUUUCAUAAAAUUGGAGCUUUUUUUAUUAAUCAAAAGCUUUUUCCGAAACACGAAGUUACUUAGAUCUUUUUUAGAAUUUGUUUUCGAUUCAGAAAAUAUUUGUGUCUCGAAAAACAACUCUGGUCUUGACUAUUUAUUUUCACAUUUUUUGGAGCUGAAUAUUAAAUUUGGGCUUUUUUUAUAAAAUUGAAGGUUUUUUUUAUUAAUAAAGAGCUUUUUUCAGAAAACAUAGGUACUGAGAACUUUUUUGGAAUUUAUAUCAAAUUCAGAAAAAAAUUUGUAUCUUUAGAAACGACGCUUGUCUUGUAAAUUUAUUUUUACAAUUUUCGAAGUUAAAUUUCAAAUUUGGCCUUUUUUUCAAAAAAUUGAAGCUUUUUUUAUUAAAAAAGAGCUUUUUCCGAAACACGCAGGUACUCAGAUAUUUUUUAGAACUUAUUUCCGAUCCAGAAAAUAUUUGUAUCUUGAAAAACGAAGCUGGUCUGGAAAUUUUAAUUUCACAAUUUUUAGAGUCGAAUAUCAAAUUUGGGUUUUUUUUUACCAAUUUUGAGCUUUUUUUAAUUAAAGAUGAGCUUUUUCCGAAACGCGGAGGUAUUUAGAACUUUUUUAGAAUUUUUUUUUUUUUUUGACGUGGGAUGAGAGAUUGUUACAAGCUUGCAAAGAAUUAUUAGAAGCUUGCAAGGAAUGCAAUUUUCAAAAAAUAUUUCAUUUUUAAAUUUAUUUUUAUGCUUGCAAUGAAUAUUUGCAACAAGAUUGCAAGAAACGAUUUUACUUGCAAAAAUUUGCAAAAAUUUUACUUGCAAAAGUGAAUAGAAAACUUGUUGCAAACCUAAAAUUUCAAUUCA